AGGUCCUACAGCAAGGAGCUGUUUGAAGAAGUGAUUUCAAAGAUGCGGAAGGCUGGAAUCAAAUCAACCAUAGCAAUAGAAAAAUUCAAGCUGCUGGCAGAAAAGGUGGAGGAAAUUGUGGCCAAGAACGCCCGAGCAGAGAUUGACUACAGCGAUGCUCCUGAUGAGUUCAGAGAUCCACUCAUGGACACGCUGAUGACUGACCCUGUCAGGUUACCGUCCGGGACCAUCAUGGAUAGAUCGAUCAUCCUCCGGCACCUUCUGAAUUCCUCUACAGACCCCUUCAAUCGGCAGACACUAACAGAAAACAUGCUGGAACCAG